ACUCUUGCCUAGCAGACCUCCUCUACUCUUAGCCACACAUGGAAAACUCACCAUGGUUGCCACACUCGCGGGUUGACGGUGGGGAGUGAAGUGGAGCCUUCUCUAAUUUAGCCGUGAUGAUCAGUAACUUACUAUGUUUACAUGUCUAGCUUUAUGUUUGUUGCAGUUCUGGAAAAUACUUGCGGGUAAUGCGCAUAAGACGCGGUUUAUUCUUCUAUAUAUGAAACUCUCCCUACCGACUCCGAUGAUUCAUCGGCGGCCGAGAGGGGGAGGGGGUGGGGGUGACACUAUACUUCUUUCCCUUCGGUUUACCCAUACAAAAGUUCCUCUCUUUCUAUAUCCCUUUCUUUCGGUGCCGACAAUUUUCUCCUCCGCGUCCAUUGUCAUCCGACAAUACCAACGGAGGUUCGCUGACAGAUGGGUAAAUUCAUCUCUCCUCCCUUCCCUCCUCCAUGCCAGAGAAAAUAAAUUUGCUCAGAUCUAAUCAUGUCAAGAGGAUGGUAGACAUCAAUAUGUCGACAACCUAGCCUAUAACAAGUUUCAUCGUUAGGAAUUUUCUAUCUAGAUAGAUGACCGGAUUAAAUCGCGGUAUAAUUCAGAAGUUUUCUAUAUCCUCCUUAGGGACUCUAGACCGAAGAACGGUUUUUUCUUUUAGGGAAGAUGUCCAGUUAGCCCGAGCCCCCAGGUGAGCUUACCUUGUUGCAGCUGUAGAGAGUCACCACACCAGAUCCGCUCCACCAAAGCCGUGGCGUGAGGAGAAAGACCUGGGGGAGAUGAUGUAAUUUCUAACUUCUUAGGGCUAACCUUUUCCAGCUGCAUCGAGCUUUUGCAUUGUCGUGUUGGUAACCGAAGCUUAUCCCAUUUUUGGCAGUUUUACCUUUGCGUGAAACCAGGCGCAGUAAACAACAAGGCUCACAUUGAACCAGCAUCAGAAGAGACCAACGGUGGUUCAUCUCACCGCUGAGCUGGAUGCAUGCGUUCAUAUGCGGCCGAGAUCGAGGAGCCCCUCCCAUGGACGGCGUGCGCUCGGCUGCUCGCCUCGCGUGCGACCGGCCUCCUUUCCACGUCCUCUGCAGCUUACCCGCAAGCCUUUUCCGGAGAGCCGCGACGAACUCGAGGCUACUGGAUGUGUAAACCCAAUGGAGUUACUGGUCUUCACCGCGAGAUUAGCGGAGGGGGGCUUCAGUUCGCCCCUGAUCACCGCGCGCGCACCGGCAACCGGCGGGUGAGGCGACCGAUGCCGAGCUUUCCAUGUGAAGGGUGCCGUGUGUACGCCGAGCCGUGCUCUCCCUUGCGCGCCCUGGCCUUGUCUCGUAGCCGGGGCGCGCAACAAACCUCUGUGGACGCACGCGCACGCGCGGCGUGCCAGAGCACGGAGCUGGGCCUUUAUCAACCCCGCCUCGCCGUGCCAUUGCCAUCCGCCAGCGAGCGAGAGCGAGAGAGAGAGAGAGAGAGAGAGAGAGAGAGAGAGAGAGAGAGAGAGAGAGAGAGAGAGAGAGAGAGAGAGAGAGAGAGGGAGAGAGGGAGAGUUUGUGUGAGAGUGAGGGAUCGAGUGAGGUAGUGGUGGCUAGGCGGCCAUGGCUGGAAUGCGUGAGAUGGCGAUAUUCUACUCACAGGAGCGCAGCUUCUUCCACCGGCUGGUGCGCGACCUCGGGCAGGAGAAGGAGCACAUGAGGUGGGUGAUCGCGCUCUGGCUCUGGUUCGAGGCCGAUGGGAACGACAAGUUCAUGCGCCGCGCGGCCGCGCUCCCGGGCCCCGUCGUGCUGCGCUUCGUCGACGAGGCGCUGGCGUGCCUCGCCCGCCUCGCCGGCCGCGUGCUCGCCGGCGCCAGCACGCUCCUCCCCUGCACCAACGCGCUCCUCAACAAGCCCAUCGACGACGUCACCUACUUCGACGAGCACCGCGACAACAUCAUGCCCCGCGUCAAGUUACUGUACAAGACCGUCUGCCGCGUCGUCCUCGACGACGCCUGCGCCUCCGACAACGCCGUCUUCUUUCCCAGCAGGAGCAGCACCGCCUCCGCGACGCGCGCCAUCGGCACUCCCGUGCUCGCCAGCGCCGCCUCCCCACCCCCACAGACGCCAACGACGCCGAGGUUCGCCGACAUGAACGCAAUAGUGACGCCGAGGUUCUCCCAGCUGAACGCGAUGGCGCCGCCGUGGGCCCCGAUCCGGGUGGCGCCGCCGCACCACCUCCAGCCCCAGCCCCAGCACCAGCACCAGCAGCAUCAGAUGAUGAUCGUCGACCGCCUUCCAGAGGAGUUCCGCUCGCUCUUCAUCACCUUCUCCCGCGGCUACCCCAUCGACAAGGACGACAUCAGGGAGUUCUUCAACUCGCUGCACGGGCGCCCGUGCGUGGAGGACGUGAUGGUGGAGAGGGCGGCGCCGGGGCAGAUGCCGGUGUACGGGAGGGUGGUGCUGCAGAGCGCGGACAUGAUCCCGGUGCUGCUCGGGGGCGAGCCGACGGCCAAGUUCAUCAUCAAGGGCAGGCACCUCUGGGCCAGGGUCUACGUGCCCUGCUCCAGGCACACCUUCCAAGCCUGAAUGCUCGAUCCAUCCAUCCAUCCAUGCAUGCAGCUACCUGGCCUACAAUUAAGCUGCGUGCAUGGAGCUGGAGCUUGAAGAUAUGCCAUGGCACAGUCAGUUACCCGGUUCAUAUGCUACCUACUACUCCAUCGAUUGGUCCAGAGACUAUGCUCGAGAGAUGAGACAACCAUCGAUCGAUAUACAUAUGUGUGUCCAGUUUGUGCUUUGUGCUUGUCUUAAUUAUAUCGGAUAUAUGGAAUAAAUGUGGGUUUACUUCCGUUUGAUA